AUGUGCGGAGCGAUGGAGAGGCCCGACAUAGAGUUUUUAAACCUCCCGGAAAGAAUCAAAAAAAAGUUGUACGCCCGUAACAUAAACACGAUUGAGAAGUUGAGCACAAAUUAUCUGGAGGACGUCGACGUGGAGGUUGGCAAUCCGUUACGAGAGGUCGAUGCGGGCCAGGACCAACUGUUUAGCUACCACCUGCGCGACUUGGGAGUGCCAAAUGACGGGGGGGAAGAAGGCCGAGCGGACUGCUCCAAAGACCCCCUCCGUGGUUACCACCACGCUGUGAGCGACCAGGAAAAUUACUGCCACGGUGGGAGGCAUGUUGAGGCGGACGAUGGGGGAGGCGUGGCCAGCGGUACGGUAGGAGGUGUGCCGGACGACUCGCUGAGCGACUCGUCCUCACACUCAUCCUCCCCAUCCGCGUCCACGUCCAUGUCCGUGUCUACCACGGGGAAGGGGCCCUCCCUGGCUGCUUCCCCCCCCGGAAGGAGAAAAUACUCGGUGCUCAAAAGUGUCACCCCGUGGGCGCACCUGAAGGGGCACAACAGCUCAGUCGGGGCGUCUCUAAAUUUCGCAAAGGAUAGCGGCCAAGUGUGUAUGCCCCGGAGCAACCCCCCGGAGGGACUGGAGAGAGACUUACUGGCCUACUCCAAUUAUAUGAAGGCAUCUCUGAUCGAGGUGUCCUCUGUUAAAACGGGCAGUCACUCAUUGGACAAGCUCCUCGGAAACGGUCUCCAAGGGUCCAAACUAUAUUUCUUUUAUGGGAAGAAAACAAAAAUGAACAAAGUCCUUUCGCUCAACUUGCUGUUCGACUUCCUCGCUGGGAGUUCCUCCACUGCAGUUGCCGUGUUUAUACACUUCAGCCACGUAAACGACGUUACAGUAAUUGACAGUAUUUUGAAAGAGAAAAUCAAAAGGGGGAGGAAAAAGGGGCUCUCCUUGGAUGACAUCCCCAACAGGUUGUUCGUUUUGCGCGUCCGCAGUUGGAGCGAACUUGUCUCCUUUUUGGGAAGCAUACGAAAAGGGAGGAACCCCCAAAAAGGGGAUCAGAAGAACCCCCAAAAAGCGGAUCAGAAGAACCUCCAAAAAGCGGAUCAACAGAACCCCCGCGAAUGGGAUCAACAGAACCCAUUCGCGAGCCACCCCCCCAACGUGGCCUGCAUAGGAAUAGACAACUUCACAAACAUGUUGAAGCAUCUAAGUGUGCAGAACUCCAACACGUGUUUCUACCUCGUGCGGGAGCUGAAAAUAAUUUCUGUCAUGUUUAGCAUUCCCAUCCUCAUAUUUGACUAUGCAAAGUGUCAAGUGGGGGGACCCCUUAGGUGGGGCAAAACGCACUGCAAAGAAGAGGAGGCACAGGAGGGGAACCACACAGGGAAUGAUUACAAAUGUAGGAGCAGCAAGACGAAACGGAACGCGAAUGGUUGUAUGGGCUAUGGGAAGACGAACCGGUUGAACCCCCCAGAGGAGGAACACGCCACGAAUCUGCUCACCGAUGAUGUGCAGAACUGGUCGGGCAGGAAGAAUAAAAGGGGCAAGUGGAAAGCGAGUGGCCUGCCCUUUGGCGGCAACGACCAGGGCAGCACGGAGAGCAGCCUCGGCACGGACGACUCGGAGUCGUACGCGGAUUACCACCGGGGGGGAGGCAGCUCUAUUGGCAGUUCGGGCAGUUCAGGCAGAUCAGGCAGAUUUGGAAGUGGGGGAAGUGCGGACAGUUGGAAAAUUGCUAACGACUGGCGAAUUGCUAACGACUGGCGAAUUGCUAACGACUGGCGAAUUGCUAACGAUUGGCGAAGUACAAACGGUGGGCGAAGUACAAACGGUGGGCGCUCCCCCCCGGGCGAAUCAACCGAGACGGAGCAGGAGGACGCACCCCCCAUCAGCAUCCACAUCGAAGAAACCACACUGCAGGGAACAAACGACGAUAAAAAAAACGCAUUCCCAACAAUGCACAACAGGAAGAACAGCUCAAAUAAAACGUCCGUCCCGCACUUCGCCUAUAACUUGUUCGAUUUUGUCCUCGAAGUGGAGGUCCUUCAAAAGAUGCGUGGCGGCAAAAACUUGGUUCGAUUUACCCUACUAAAAUCACAGAAUAGCAUUUCCCAUUUAUACGUCAACUGUUGUGUUAAGAAUUAUUCGCUGACGGAUGUGGAGUAA